UAUCAUUCUCGAUCCGGAUGGCAACGACAUAGCAGUGGAUCAGGAUCAUACUAAUUAACAGGACCUCCAGCUUUUUGCCUUACACGGCGAUACAUCAUCCUACCAGACCCUGCUCUUAUCGAUAACGCUCCGUACGGGCAAAUUCCACUUCAUCUCGUCGGAUUCGUCAAACCUGCAAGAUGGCAGAGAAUUUCACGGACGACUCUCGUGUGGCUGAUUCGAUCAUCGAGAAGGUCGCGCAAGAACAAGCUUACCAGGAUCUGCAAGACCGGCUCAAGAACGUCGAGGAAGAAUGUCGGAAAGAACGGGCAGAGAAGGAAAAGGUCAAGGCUGAGAGGGAUGAGCUGGCUACAACCAAUGCUCAACUGCAAGAAGCCAACUCUUCUACCCAAUCCACUUUCGCUACCAUCUCUACCAACGUUCGCGAUUACGAAACACGUAUACGGAUCUUGGAGAGGGAGAAAGAAGAGCUUCGGCAAGACUUCUCCCAGCUGAAACAGAAGAGCCGGACAGACAAUGACCUGGUCAGAAAAUACCGUGAGACAUCGGAGAGCGAUGGUAGACAGAUCCGUCAGCUGGAUGUCGAGCGUUCCGAAGCCAUCUACGCCAAGAACAAGAUGGAGCAUCAACAAAAGAUUCUCAGCUCGGCUUUGGAGACAGUCAGGAAAGAAUCAGAGAUGUACUCCAAGGCUUUGGUCGACAAGGAAGCGGAGUUUGCAUCUUACCGGUCGAGUCAUUACAUGGAAUUGCAACAGACGCUCUCGGAACGCGACCGUGAAGCUCAAUCUCGACUCCAGGUCGAAAAAGCUCGCGAUCAGGUCAACCGACAAUACCAGGAAAACCUCGAUGCCUUGAACUCUGCUCAGACCGAGUUGACAGCGCUCCAGAACAAGCUGUCAAAAAAGUCUUCCGACUUCAGAGCAGAUGCCGCAGCGCUUCAAAAGCGUAUUGACUCGCUGGAGAACCGUAGCAAGGAGGAUCGGGAAGCCGUCGAGGGUCUGGAGGAAGCUUUUAGAGAAGCUCAGGAGGCUCACGCUCAGCGUGUGGAAGCGUACGAAGACGAGAUCCAGGCUGCGGCAGAGCGACAGACGCAAGCGGAAGAGAAGAUGGCAGAGAUGGCCAGGACCGUCGAACUGCUCAGUCAAGGGGUCGAAUCGAGCACGGAUGAUUGGGGUGGGCUCGGCGGAGAAGCGGCCGGCCAGAUGGCCGCCAUGAUCGGAUCGAGCUCUGGGUCAACCUCGGGAGGAAAGACGCUGAAACAGGCGUUGGCAGAGGUAGUCAGGCUUCAAGCAGAGAGCGGGAAGCUCAAGGUGGAGAACGAAAGGCUCGAGGGGUUGUGCAGGAGCGUAUUGAGGGAUCUCGAAGAGAGGAAACCCGUUCUCGAUCAACAACGCGCCGAAUACUUCAGGAUGAAGACCAAUGCUGAUGAUCUCGCUCGGCAACUGGCGGAAACAAUUCAAGCUAAAGAGGCAGCGGAAGCCGAACUGGUCGAGAUCAGGUCUCGAUUGAACGAUGCCUCGGUCGAAAACAAGACGCUUAAGAGCCAGUCGGCUGAUCUCGGACUUCAAGUCAGGGUGUUGACAAGGGAGAUCGCUAUCAGGGAUGACCCCGCACUGGCAUACGAGGCCUUUGAUCCCAUUGGACAAGAUCACCCAGAGAUUUCUGACAUCGACGCCGUGAUCACGAACAAUCUGACCAUGUUUAAGAAGCUACCGCAAUUGCUCGAGCAGAACAAGAAGCUGUUACGCAUCUCCCGGGAACUCGGCAGGAAGCUGGAAGAGAAGGCUUCGAGCGGGUCGUCAGGUGCCGAAGCAAGUGACAACGAUCUCGACAAUGCCGCACAGGCGAUCGAGAAUUUGACCGAGACUGUCAACUCGUUGCGAGCCCAAGUGGUCGACUCCAGGACCCAGUUGGAGCUAUCUAUCAAGGAGAGGGACAUGUACAGCCGCUUGCUCGUUCAGGGCCGAAUGCUUGGCAUGUCUAGCGAAGCGGUCGACAAGAUUGCUUCGGGCCAGCUUGCGAUGGGUGGUGUCCAAGGACAAGACGAUGUCGUCCGCAAUGUCAUGUCGGGUAUACAGGCCGAGUUCGAGAAGCACCGUGAUGAACUCCAGAGGGAAGUCAAGGAGGUUCAAGAGAAGGUCGAGGAGAAAACGAGGGAAGUAGAAGCCGAACGAGAGCGGACGGCAUCUGCCCUGGCUUCUUUGCGUCACGAGCAGAAUCAAAAUCUGGCUCUUACGCAGAAGAUGGAACAGGAAAAAUCGGAUCUUACCACUCACCUCAGCACUAUCGCGAUCAGAGAAGCCGAGAUCCUCAACCUUCGUACGGAAUUGGCCCGGGUUACCAACGAGGAGAACCACCUACGAGCGCAGAAAAAGCACUUGCAGACUUUCGUUGACGGCCUCAACGCUCAAAAGGAGAUGUUGCAGGCCAACGAAUUGGCGUCUGCUGAAUCUACGAGCAAAUUGCUGCAAGAGAAAGCCGAGCUCUCUCGGGAGAUCUCAAGUCGCAAACUCCUCCACGACCAGGAACUUCUCAUCGCUCACAAUGCCAAGCAGGAAGCGGAGAACGCUUUGACAUCCCUCCGGGAGGAUCUAGAGAAAGCCAGGAACGCUUUGGCCGAACAACGUACUGCCAAUCAAACCUUGCUUACUUCCUCCAAGUCCCCCGAAUUGCAGAAGCGAAUCGACGAGCUCGAAACCGAGCUGGCCACCAUCACGAAAGAGCGAGACGAAAAGAUCGCCAAACUUCAAGAGGAAAUCGCCGCUGCACGGGCGGACGUGCAAACCAAGCUGAACAUCGGUCUCAAAUGGCAGAAGCGAACCAAGGAGUUGAUGGCUCAGAUCAACGAGACCAAGGAAACGCACACCAAGGCUGUCACCGAGCUACAGACCGAAGUCACUUCGCUCAAAACUCAGAUCGAAAGCUUGAACGGUGAAGUCGCCACCGCGAAGCAGAACGUCGCUUCCAAAUCAAAAGAGGCGGACGAGGUCAAAGAAGAAGUAGCUCGUCUCAAAGCUGGUCUUGCAGACAAGGAGACAGCCUUAGCUCAAGCAGCGGUCAACGCCAACACUUCUGUGACUCCAGCAUCAGAGGUUACCCCUGUUGUCGAUGGAGUGAUGGCUGAGACCCAGAAAGCCCUGGAUCAAGCGAAGCAGCGCAUCGGAGAGCUAGAGUCGCAGCUGUCCGCAGCUAUUACAACGCGGGAUGAGGCGGUAGCGGAGCAACGCCGUCUUCAGUCUGCUGCAACGGCUAAUGUGGCGGAAGGACAUACACAGGACGCUUUGCGCCAAGACUUGCCAAGAAGCAGCACGAGGAGGCUCUUCGAGCUGCCAAUGCAAAGACAGUUUCCGCUCACGAAGAGGUGCAACGGCUGUCCCAACGUAUCCAAGCUCUGGAAAGCGAGCUAUCGGAAACGCAAGCCAAAGUACAAACCUUCAAUCAGCCUCCAUCUAGCUCGGAUGCGUCGGUGGCGCUUGCCGCAAGUGCUGAAGAGCCUGGCGAGAUCAAGGACGAAGGGGUAGCGCCCGCAAUUGAAGCGGCCGAAACAGGCGGAGAGCCUCAGAAGGCACUAGACGAACUACAAGCUCAAUUCGACCGGUACAAGUCAGAGCAGAGUACGAAAUACGAGCAAGGUGUUAUGAAGGUCAACAGCGCCAAUGUCAAGCUAAAGCAGGAAAACCAGCAAUGGCGAGGCGUUCGUCAGCACAUCGAGACGCUGCAGAAAGAGUUCAAAACCCCGACUCAAGGCGGAAACUUUGAUCUCAAUACCGCCAUCGACGAGAUCGUGGAAGUACUCAAGACUGAACGGGACAAAGCCUUGGCUACCGCUACCGAAAUUACAGCGGAGAAGGUCAAGUUGGAAGCCGCGUCGGAGGCAGCG